CUGGCAACAGGGCGGCACGUGGCGCAGGUGCGUCGACGCCUUUGAUCUCCCCUCCUGCUCCCAGAUGGGCGUUGGAAACCGCUAGGCCUGCAGCUGGCUCUCUUCCCGCCUUGAGGAGGCUGCGGGGCUCAGCCCGGAGCACCUCGGGGCGACAGGACGGUCCUGGCGCGUGAGCGGCAGAGCAGAACACCAUGCAGGAUCCCAAUGAAGAUACAGAAUGGAAUGAAAUUUUAAGAGAUUUUGGUAUUCUUCCUCCAAAAGAAGAGCCAAAAGAUGAAAUUGAAGAAAUGGUUUUGCGUUUACAGAAAGAAGCAAUGGUUAAGCCAUAUGAAAAGAUGAACCUUGCACAAUUGAAGGAAGCUGAGGAUGAAUUCGAUGAAGAAGAUAUGCGAGCUAUUGAAACAUACAGAGAAAAGCGGUUACAGGAAUGGAAAUGUCUUAUGAAAAAACAAAAAUUUGGGGAAUUAAGAGAAAUUUCUGGAAAUCAGUAUGUGAAUGAAGUCACAAAUGCAGAAAAAGAUGUGUGGGUUAUAAUUCAUCUAUACAGAUCAAGCAUUCCAAUGUGUUUGUUGGUUAACCAGCAUCUUAGUCGUCUAGCAAGAAAGUUUCCAGAAACUAAAUUUGUUAAAGCCAUCGUGAAUAGCUGUAUUCAACACUACCAUGACAAUUGUUUGCCAACAAUUUUUGUUUAUAAAAAUGGUCAGAUAGAAGGCAAGUUCAUUGGAAUUAUAGAAUGUGGAGGGAUAAAUCUCAAGCUAGAAGAACUUGAAUGGAAGCUAGCAGAAGUUGGAGCAAUACAGACUGAUUUGGAAGAAAACCCCAAAAAAGACAUUGUAGAUAUGAUGGUAUCCUCAAUUAGAAACACUUCUAUUUAUGAUGACAGUAAUAGUUCCAACAGUGAUAAUGAUACCAAAUAGAAAUAUUUAAUAAAUAGCUUUUAAAGUAU